AUGAUUCGCCCAUACCUCAUUACCACAAACGACAGAAUAAACAAAUCACCGCUUCCUCCGAGAGCAGCCAUUAGAGAAGAGGUGGCGCGGCAGUACUGGGACAAGGCCGGGGGUUCCCACCUGCUUCUUCCUCGAGCCAUUGUCUUAGGAAGCUGCCUAGGUCGGCGUUACGGGUCGUCGCUUUAUCUGAAUAUUCUUAAUGAGGAGUCAUUUUAA